UUUAACUGUGAGUGGACCGGAUCUCAGGGCUGGAUCUGCUCCUCCUGACUGAUCUGAUCCUAAACCUGAAUUUCGUGUUUUAUUCUCUCAUGGUCGGGGCUGGAUUAAGGUGUGUGCGGCUGCACUGACCCCGGAUCAGUGAUGGAUGUGCAGUGUGGGCUGUGUGAGUGUGUUCAGGCUGUUCUGGCUCUGGCAGUGUUUGUGUUUCUGCUGCUUGUUGUAGUCGCCCACGUCACUGCAGGAAAGAUGGAUCUGAGCUGUGACGAGAAGGAAAAGUUCUUCCUCACCGCUGAUGGACUGAAGAAGCCCUUCCCCAGUCUGUUCGAUCCCUCAUCACUGGAGCUGUCUGUGGUGGUGCCAUCGUACAACGAGGAAUCUAGGCUACCUGUAAUGAUGGAAGAAGCCAUGGAGUACUUAGAAAAAAGACAGAAGAAGAAUCCUGCAUUCACAUAUGAAGUCAUUAUAGUUGAUGAUGGCAGCAAAGAUAAAACCACAGAGGUUGGUUUAGGAUACAUGAGAAAGUACGGUGCAGAGAAAGUACGAGUACUCAAACUGGUGAAGAACCGAGGAAAAGGAGGCGCUGUGCGCAUGGGAACACUACGCGCUCGUGGUCGUCUCAUCCUGAUGGCUGAUGCAGACGGGGCCACAAAGUUUGCCGACGUGGAGAAGGUGGAGGCCGGGCUGGAGAACCUCAGUCCAAAGCCGGAGAACAUGGCCAUCGCGUGUGGGUCCAGAGCUCACCUGGAAGAAAAAUCAGUAGCUCAGCGCUCUCUGUUCCGGACCUUCCUGAUGUACGGUUUCCACUUCCUGGUGUGGUUCUUCUGCGUGAAGGGAAUCAAAGACACUCAGUGUGGGUUUAAGCUCUUCACUCGUGAGGCGGCCCUGCGGACCUUCAGCAGCCUGCACGUGGAGCGCUGGGCGUUCGAUGUGGAGUUGCUGUACAUCGCCCAGUGUUUUAAGAUCCCGAUAGCUGAGGUGGCCGUCAACUGGACCGAGAUUGAAGGUUCUAAGCUGGUGCCGUUCUGGAGCUGGUUACAGAUGGGCAGAGAUCUAAUCUUCAUCAGACUACGUUACAUUACCGGGGCCUGGAGACUGGAGGCACCUAAGAAAUCCCAGUAGUGCUGGCGUGUUUCGUGCUGUUGGCGUGUGGACGUACACGAGCAUGCAAGCGCUCAUUACUACAACAGUUAACGUCGCACUGCGUGUCAAAAAACUUACUGACUGGUUUCUUUUUACUGUUGGGAUCUUACCUGGGUGACUGUACUUGUGUUCCAUGUGAUUAUUUUUUAUUUUAUUCAAUGUUCGGUUUUCUUCAACCACAAAAAAACCAAAACAAUAAUUACUGAACAUUCUGUGUUUACAACCUCUACAGUGUAAAUACAUCAAAUAAAUAAUGAUAAUCAAGAUUCAGACGUGAAUGUUCAGUCAUGCUUUUUAUCAUUUGUGUUAAAGCAAGUAAAAUAUGCUGCAAAUAAGCUGCACAGCUUUGGAAUGAAUUGAGAUUACGAACAUUUGAAAUUCUAUUAGACUGAAGUGUUUAUCAGUAUUUUUCUCCAAAAUUUUUCCACAAUUUUCUUCCCUAAUUUAGUCGUAUCCAGUUACCCUGGUUGCGUCACGCUUCACUUUUACUGAUACAACCCUCAGUUGCUGACUGACACGUGUGCAGUACCAUCCGCCUCUUUUCACCUGCACGAGGUGAGUUCAUAUGCAGAUCAGCCUUGUGCACGGAGAGCCACACCCUGAUCAGCAUCAUUCCUCAAUCAGCCAGCAGAGGUCGCAACCGCACCAGCCAUGAGGAACCCUCUUCCAGCAUGGAUGGCAGAGCUGAGAUUCAAUACGAUGAUCCCAGCUCUGGUGUACUAGUGUAUUUUACCGCUGCGCCACCUGAGCGGCCAUCAGUAUUUUUUUAAUCGCUAUUACCAAUUUUCACCCACCAGGCCGAGUCUCCCCGACAAAACAAGAUCUAUUGAUAGGAAAUUUAAUCGAGAUUAAGUGAACGAUUCAUUUAAACUGUCCGUUUCAAUAAAUUAAACCUCAGAUUCAACAUUUCUGGUGUUUGAGUAAAUCACCCAAAAUUCUGCCUUUGUUUGUUUUGUUUCUGUUUACAGUUUUUAAUACAGGAUAUUUUUAAAGGCGAAUGAUUAAAAUUAAAAUUUGUAAUGAUCUUAUAACAACAGUCGAAACAUUAAGUGCUAAAAGUGCUAAAAAUCCAAGUGCAAUUAUUAUUUUUUUUAAAUUUCUGCUUUGUAUUCAUGUUUAGAUUUUGGGAUUGUGAUUUUUACUCCAUCAAAACUCAAAUCACAGGAUAGAUCUUGAUUCUUAAAGCCUAAAACUCAGUGAACUCAAGCAGCUCAUACAGUCUUUUAUUCUGAGAAAAAUCCAUAUGAAAUGUGCUGUAACGUGUAAACGUGUCACAUUUUAUUUAUUGUUCCAAUAUGUUAAAUUCAACAAAUAAACAGCAGUCGUUCAUUUAAA